AGGUUAUAAUAUUUGGAUUUAUUUGUAACUGAGACGCAGACUGGUUGAAUUUAUAAUGAAGUUUUUUAUUGCAUCAUGUCUGAUACUGAUUUGCAGUAUCAUUUGUUUAGAGGCCGCACCAACGGUAAUAGCCGAUGGGCCACAGAAAAUAAAGGAAAGAAUUGAAAAAUUUCAACGGGAAUGUCAAAAAGAAGCAAAAAUCGAUACUUUCACUCUGUACAAAAAUAUGAACAAUUUUAGCGCUACAGUGGAUCCGUUAUAUAUGGACUAUUUAACAUGUUACUAUAAAAAACUAGGUUUUCAAGGCGUAGAUGGAAAAAUUUCAUACGAGAAAAUCAUCGAUUUCUUUGGUGCCUAUUCCGUAGGAGUAGAUCGUUCGCAUAUAAUCAAUAAAUGUAAAGAUACUGUGGGAUCUAGUCACGGUGAAAUAGCCUAUAAUGCGAUGAAAUGUGUAGUGGAUAAUGCAUUCAUAUCUGACAAUGAUAUUGAUGAAUGAAAUUAAAGACUGUAAUAUAUUAACUCUUUACUGCAUGAA